AUGAGCACAUCGCAGAGGCCGCUCCCUAUCAGCUUGGCUAGCUCACUGGAUUCAACGAAGUGCGGAUACCGACAGUUGGGCAGAUCAGGCUUACGCGUUUCUGUUCCUAUCUUCGGGUGCGCUGGCUUCGGAGAUCCUGCAGGCAUUCGCCCAUGGGUUCUGGGAGAAGAAGAAGCAAUAUCUCUUCUCAAAGCCGCAUAUGACCGCGGCAUCAACACCUGGGACACAGCAAAUAUCUAUUCGAAUGGAUUGUCAGAAACAUUCAUCGGAAAGGCUAUCAAGAAGCAUGAUAUUCCAAGAGAGAAAGUGGUUCUUCUCACGAAAUGUUUCUGGGCUGUUGGCGAGGACCAAUCUGUUCAGCACGCCAUGAUGCCUGUUGAGAAGUCGAAAGACUAUCAGAAUAUGUUCGGACUUUCGAGAGCGGCCAUCUUCAACGCCGUCGACGCGUCACUUCGCAGGCUGGAUACAACUUACAUCGAUGUCCUGCAAGUCCAUCGUUUUGAUCCGGAUGUUCCAAUCGAGGAGACGAUGAAGGCCUUGGAUGACCUCGUCCGGAUGGGGAAAGUGCGCUACAUAGGUGCCAGCAUGCUACCCAAGCAUGUUGCCGAACUUCAUGGCUGGACAAAGUUCGUCAGCAUGCAGAAUUGCUACAACCUUGUCUACAGAGAAGAGGAAAGGGAGAUGAUCCGGUUCUGUAACGACACGGGAAUUGGGCUCAUUCCUUGGUCUCCUCUGUGCAAUGGUUGCCUCACUCGUCUGCCUUCUGUCACAGAUCGUUCUAUGAGUAAAAGAGAGGAGUUUGAGAGCAAAUUCGGGCUUUCUCUGGGACGCGUUGAGCCUGAUACCAGCAUCAUAUCUCGAGUUGCGGAGGUCGCACAAAGCAACAAAUGGCCCAUGAGCCACGUUUCGCUCGCAUGGAUCAAUAAAAGAGUAUGCAGUCCGAUUGUGGGUUUCACAACUAUCGAAAAGAUGGAGGACGCUCUUGGGGCAUCAGGCAAGGUACUUGAUGAAGGCGACGAGAAAUACCUAGAGGCAUUAUAUAAGCCCAAAGUCGUGUAUGGCCAUAGCUAA